CUUGAACUUGAAGCUUAGACCUCGGGGUUUUGUUACAUUCUGUUUAUGAUUGUUUGUAUAUCUGGUUGGAUCCUCACUCACUCUGCUAUCAUGGAGUGGAGGAAGGCACAUCCGGAGCUCCCCGACCGACCCUACUGCAUCGGCUUUCCCGUUCAUUCAAAUGUCAUGUCUGUCCUUGACCUGGCCAUUAGGCGAGUCUGGCUUGGAUUCACUAUUUGUUUUGUUCUGAACCCGUUACCUAUGUUUGCAAGAUCAUCAAGGUAUUGGUUUUUGAAGAAAUUCUUGACAUUGUUCGUCUCUGGUCUCAUCCCUGUCGAGUUUUCAAGCAAGCAGAAAUGUCACUACUAAUAGGAGGGCUAACGCGGAAGCUCAGUCUCCGUAAAUGAAGAACUGAGGGGAAAAAGAAAAUAGACCCAAACAAUUACCUAUAUACAAUGCAG